AUGCCUCUCUACGAGAAUAUUUACAACAGCGGCCAGAACACUCAGUCUCGAACAGCAACUUCACCGCCGCCAAAUUACAGAGACGGAAUACUAGAGCCAGCCCUGGCGUCCGAGGCCGGCAAAAAAGGCAACUUUCGAAAAUAUGCGACGUGUUACUGGGCUCAGCAUUAUGCAAGAGUUGACCAGGAAGUCAGUGAAUCUCAAAUCGAGGAGAUGAUGGCCACGUUCAUCACCGAGGACCAAGGUAUCUGCUUUGCUCAAUGGCUCGAGGACGUCAAUGAGCUGGUUGAAUCGAGGAACCUCGAGCAAACCGUUUGGACAAAGUUGAAUUCUUGUCGAAGUGCCGCAGGGUCUCCCAUCUUUGUGGCAUGUGUUUAUGGCAUCCUGGGAAUAAUGAGACUUGAUAAGGACUCGUCGUCCAAGGAGGAUGACCACGAUGUCAACCAGAAAAACUUCGACGGCGCAACGCCUAUCUACCUUGCUGCGCGAUAUGGUCAUUCCACCUUGGUGCAGUUUAUCAUUGAGCAAGGAGCCAUCCUUGAUGUCACUGGAGGCCAUUUUGGGAACCCAUUACAAGUAGCAGCUUUUCAAGGCUUCGAGGCCGUGGCACAUAUUUUGCUGGAGAAAGGGGCCAGUCCAUGCGCACCAGGCAAAUUCACCACGGCGAUUGAUGCAGCACUCGCAGGUGGCCACGAAGCUGUAAUUCUACUUCUGUUAGGAUAUGAGCAGGUAGUCCAAUCGUGCGAGAUUAACAAAAUUCUUGAGAAGGCUGCCCAUGGAGGUCACUUUGCAGUCGUUUGUGAUCUUCAGGAACGGUUAAAAAUCGGCACGCUGGACAAAGUACCGGCAAACCGGGGUCUAGUGAUUGAAGAACACCAUAAUGCUCUUCAGAUGGCGCUCUUCCGCGGUCGAGCGAGAAUUGCAAAAGCCAUGUUGAAGCGGAUCCCGGAUAUCAAUGAAAGCGGUGGUCCUUUUGGCAAUGCUAUCCAGGCAGCUGCAUAUGGAGGCCAUGUGGCUAUGAUUGAGCUGAUACUGUGCCACGGAGGGACUGUGCAUUUGGAAGGCCGGUACGGCACCCCUCUUCGCGCAGCUGCACUGGGCGGUCAUGACCACGCAGUCCAGCUUUUAAUCGAUCGUGGUGCAGUCAUGGCAGAUGACAGUGGAGACGCACUAGAAGCUGCAGCAUUCAACGGGCGACUAUCAACUGUCAAGACUCUGUUUGAUUCUGGAUUAUGUGAUCGCCAGAAAUAUACGUUCACAGUGAGCCCAGCAGUCCGCGCAGCUUGCUUUCGGGGUCAUCUUCAGGUGGCCACGUAUCUUUUGACCUUAUUUGGCUCGGAUGCCGCUCAUCAUGCUUUGGAAGCUGCCAUGGAUGGCGCUCAAGGAGACAUAGUGCAGCUGGCCUUGGCCCAUCACCCACAACAGACCGACGCAAAAUCUUUUCGGAGGCCCAAGGGCGGGAUCUGUAUAGCUGUACCAGGGUCUGCAAGGCAAAUUCUGCCGCUAGAAGCAUCACUGGAGAGGGCAAAGGAUAAGAAAGAGCAGUACCAGCAGUUGACGUGCAAGAAGAAGUCCACAUCGCGCCCGCAUUCCCAAAUACAUAGCACAGGAAACCAGGAGCAGCAAACGCCAAAAAGGAUGCGAAAGGUUCUAGGAUCGAACAUCGAUCGGGGUCAGAACAGGAAAGAUCUUCUUUUGAUUGCUGUUCAAAUGGGUUUCCUCGAGGUGGUGGGUGAACUCCUGGAUCAGGGGUUCAAUAUCAACUCCAGAGGCCAAACCCAUCCGAACGAGCCACCGCAAUUAACGCCGAUCGAAGAGGCCGUCAUCCUUGAUCGUGUCCCUAUAAUUGAGCUUCUGCUGAAUCGAGGUGCAUAUGCCAAACGAGCAUUGAAAUACGCCGUGGUGCAUCAAAACGAGCGGGUGAUUCGUCUAUUCCUCCAGAAACGGCCGAAAAUCGAGGUCGAGGUCUCGCUCUCCGGUAAAAUAGCAGAUGCCGAUCCGCAGCUCGAGCCCACUGCGCUUUCACUUGCGGUUGAGAAGAACUAUCCACAAAUUGUCAGGAUUUUGAUGGAUCAUGUGAGAGAAUUCUACGAUUUCAAGAUCGGGUCUGCUCUGGCGACAGCGGUUAGGAUAGGAAGCAUCCCCAUGAUUGAAAUACUUCUCGGCGACAUUGAGCUACGUGACCUACCAGACGACUCGUUUCACUCAGACGAGUAUUUCGCUUUCUACAGAAUCAUGGAAGAAGCAGCUCAAACUCGGAAUAUUCCUGCUUUGAAAGUCCUCCUCAAGCAUGUUGACAAUCGCGCUAUGUACAACCAAAUGGUCCACGACUAUAUCAAACAUAGUAUAUCGGAAGCCAAUUGGUAUGGUGUGGUCCACUGCUUAUACCUCGAAAUUGAGGGUCUCAUUUGGUCUACUUUGCUGGAGACUGCUUUUCUCAGUUCGGCUGAAAAGCUAUGUGAUCCAUGGGACACACACGUUCGCUGUCCGUAUUCUCUGCAAGCCCAGGCUUUUGACAUGGAAAGAGACAAGCAAGCUAAAGGCCGACUACUAAACGCGAUCAGUUGUGGCGCCCGAGAGUCCGAUCGCCUCCUUUCGUCCUAUCUUGUCGCUUUCAAAAUUGCUGCAGAUUCUCGAAACACGACGAUGAUGAAUUUCAUUCUGACUGAUAGCACCUCCGGUCUUGGCGCGUCUGGCGAAAGGUUCCUUGGUGUCACAAAUUUACUCAAACCGGCGGCGUUGUAUUAUGCCUGUCAGAAUGGUGAUUGGGAAUUGUUCAAUGGUCUCAUUAAAGGCGGCGCCGACCCAUUUGCAAAAGCAGUAUUUCCAGGGCAGAGGCAAAGCAUGGCGCCAGCAAGUGUAUUGCCAGAGCCUAUGGAUCCCAAGGACAUUGACUUCUUUCAAGUAUCUUUGGGGGCCUUCUUCCAGGCUAAGGACUACGAGUCGCCGCUUAAAUGGCUCCCAAUACUCACUUGGUUUCUUGAUUCUGGUAUCGAAGUGAAUACAGAAGAGCCUGGCCUUGUCAAGUCUCUUCACCUAGCAUGCGGAUGGGGUUUCCUGGAGUAUGUCGAGAAGCUGGUCGAGAAAGGAGUCUCCGUUUCAGCGUUGGACCAGACCCGGCCACCUUGGAAUAUGGUUGGACCCCCCUCCACACUGCAACACGGUGACGGGAAGUCAAAGACACAGACAGCUAUCCAAUAUGCUCUUGAAUACGUGGGGGAUUGGGAAGAUGGUCGCGCCAUAUUGGAAACAUGCGAAUACCUCGUAGAGGUCGGGGCGGGCGAUGCCGAUUGCAAGAUUCUGCUCCAUGCAGCAGCCAAAGCUGGGAAUCUCAACUUUGCCAAAAGGCUUCUUCUUCGUGGGAUAUGUCCUGAUCGCUUUCCUACGCAUAGCCGCCUUGAGAUGAUGCAGUUGUUUGAGGAGUUCGGAUUCGACUUGAUUUCAACACACGAUGACGCGCCAGAACAACAGGGAGAAGCUCUUCAACACGGCCGGUUCCCCUUGUUUGAGUAUCUUGUGAGUCGGCAAGGAUUGCAGGUUUCUUUUUCAGACUGGUCUGUCAUGGAAAGGAUCAGCCAUUGGACAAAUCACGACAAGCUGCAAUACGUGAUACGGCGAUGGAAUUUCGAUCUCAACACCAUCUUUGAAUGCGAAUCCGAGGACUUGCCUGAUCGGAAGACUAAGAAAUGCCAAUUCAACCUGCUGCAGAAAGCAUGUUACAUACUGGAUGGCACAGAGCAAGCGGGGAUGUUGCUGAAAGCAGGUGCAUCCAUCGACUGCCCAGGUCUGUCAAACACUGCACUAGAAGUCGCGGUCAAAAAGAUGAGGACCACUGUUUCCGGACAUGAUAUUUCUCUUGUUGAGCUUCUCCUUGAGCAUGGCGCCAACGUUCACGGACUUAAAACAGGAGACGAACCUACCAAGAAUGAAGGGCCUCGGAAUCUACAUGCCCCGCCACUACUUUUGGUCCUUCUCUGUGACUGUGGUGACAUAUUGAAGAUGGUUGAGCUUCUCGUGAAGCAUGGCGCGGAUGUAAAUGCUGGGGUCAUACCUCCGUUGCGGGUGGCCUCUCAAAAGGAUCAUCAUGAAGUGGUCAAAUUUCUCGUUCAACAUGGGGCAGUAGACAAUGGCAACCACUUGUCUUUCAGUAUUGAUGACUUGAUGAAUGAGCGUCGGACCAUUGCGGGGAUACCCUUGUGGUGA